CCGGGGGCUGGGCGGGGACUCCGGGUUUUAGGGCGGGCUUUGGGAGAAGGCCGCAGUCCCGCCUCCUCCGUGGCCCCAGCGGCCUCGCUGCUGUUCCAGCGGAGUCGCUUCUCGCCGCCGCCCGGGGUUAUCCGAUUAAGGCUGCCAGGGGCUCAGCUGUACUCAGAUGGACGGGAUGGAGACCCGACAGCGGAGGCCAGAGGAGCUGGGCCUGCUGCACGGCCUCAGCACAGGAAGACUCCCUGAAGCCUCGGAAGAUGGACUGCUGAGUGUCCCUGAGAGCCAAAGGGUGGUCCCUAAACCGCUGGGGCCUGAGCUCAGCAGGGAGACCACCUUGUCCAUUGGCCUCCAGGUGACAGUGCCCUUCCUGUUUGCAGGCCUGGGACUGUCUGGGGCAGGCAUCCUUUUGAACUAUUUCCAGCACUGGCCUGUGUUCACGGAGGUGAAGGACCUGCUCACCUUGGUGCCGCCCCUGGUGGGCCUGAAGGGCAACCUGGAGAUGACACUGGCCUCACGCCUCUCCACCGCGGCCAACACUGGGCAGAUCGAUGGCCCCCGGGAGCAGCACCGAGUCAUCAGCAGUAACCUCGCCCUCAUCCAGGUGCAGGCCGCCGUCAUGGGGCUCCUGGCCGCCGUGGCGGCCCUGCUCCUGGGCGCGGCAUCAGGGCAGGAGCUGGACGCGGCGGAGGCGGAGGUGCUGUGCGCCAGCAGCGUCAUCACUGCCUUUCUGGCGGCCUGCGCCCUGGGGACGUUGAUGGUCUGCAUAGUGAUCGGCGCUCGGAAACUCGGGGUCAACCCGGACAACAUUGCGACGCCCAUCGCGGCCAGCCUGGGAGACCUCAUCACCUUGUCCAUCCUGGCUUUCGUCAGCAGCUUCUUCCACAAACACAGAGACAGUCGGUAUCUGACGCCGCUGGUCUGCAUCGGCUUCACGGCCCUGACCCCCCUGUGCAUCCUCAUCGCCAAGCAGAACCCGCCCGUCGUGAAGAUCUUGAAGUUCGGGUGGUUCCCCAUCGUCCUGGCGAUGCUCGUCAGCAGUUUCGGGGGGCUCAUCUUGAACAAGACCAUCUCUAAGCAGCAGUUCCGAGGCAUGGCCGUAUUUGCCCCCAUCAUUUGUGGUGUUGGUGGCAACCUGGUGGCCAUUCAGACCAGCCGGAUCUCCACGUACCUGCACCUGUGGAGCACACCUGGGGUCCUGCCCCUCUGGAUGAAAAAACGCUGGCCUAACCCCCGCUCCACGUUCUGCAGCUCAGGUGGGUCUGGGGUCUUCCAGAAGCCACGUGGCCGUUUCUUUAAGAAUCUGGUGUCUGUGGCAGUAGACCCCCUCAGCCCAGCCCCGACGCGCCAACCUGGCCUUCACCGGUCCGUUUGCUCAGCCAGAGGCACACCGACCAUCUCCAGGUACUGUGAGAGAUGGAGGAGCCGAUCCUACCCCUGGGGACAGACACGCUCCAGCAGAGCAGACGCACACGGGAUUCCAAGUCGUGCUGUGCGCAAAAGGGCCUCGGAAAGGCUGGCGGGAGGCAUCCCCGCUGAGGACGAGCGGGGCCGGGGCGAGGCCCCGAGGGGCAGGCGCUGGUCCUGCUGGGCCUGAAGCUUGAGGAAGGACCACAGAGUCCUGGGACCCAGUCCUGAGAACUGGGGACCCAACGCGGUGUCGUGUCUUUUGUUACUUUUCAAGUCCUAUUCCUCUGCCCCUGCCUGGCCAGGAGGGAGGGGGCCUGGCUACCCCCCCAAACUCCAGCCUCUCACCUCCGGGGCCAGGACGGGACGGGGAGGGCUCGUGCCGAGUUGUCUUCCAGGGCCACUGACCGUUCGCGUUCUGACUCCCCAGCAUCUGGUCUGGGAUGCAAGGCAGCAGCUCAGGGACCUCACCUUGUGCUGCUCCCUGGGCCGUGGAGCCCUGGCCAGCCCGCCUCGUCCCUCCACCUUGCAGAAUCUUAUGUUUGUUUCAUAUGACGUCCAGGGCUGUUGGAUGAGUGGUGAGAGGGGCAGGAAGUGUGUCUGCCUCACCUUGUCUAAAGUGGGGAGUCCCUGUAUAUUUUCUGACUUGUCGUCUGUAUAUAGAAAGGCUCUUUACCCUGUACUGCGUGUAUUUCAGCGUGCACCUGUCUUAGAAUCACAGACUGGGGGCUUAUAAACAACACGCUUCUCACAGCUCUGGAGGCUGGACAUCCAAGGUCAGGGCACCAGCACUGGUGAGGCCCGGCCUCCUGGUCCACAGACAGGGAAGAAGGGGGCGAGGGAGGUCUUCGGGGGCCCUUCACUCAUGGGGACACCUGACCACCUCCUGACACCAUCAUUGGGGGUCAGGUCACAACUUAUGGAUUUGGGGGGAAAGCAGAUAUUCAGUCUGUAGCAGCACAUAUUUUACUGAAUUCUCGCUGUUUAGUCUUUCUGUAGAUUUUCUUGAGUUUUAAUGCCGGCUGCCAAUAGUAAUAACUAUUUUGCUCUUGCCUUUGUAAGUUUUUUAAAAAAUUCAUCUUUUUCAAGUUAGCCCUCGUCUGAAUUUUCACCAGGAACCUUCUGGUGCUCUUGUGCGUCCUCACCCUCUCGCUACAAGUUAUCUUACGGUAGACUUCGUAGUUACGUUUGAUUUGUCCUCCUUUUCUUUCUUUAGCUGAUGAAACGCUUUAUGGUUAACUCAGAAGGAAACGGAGACGGACUUCUCACUGCAGUUCCUCAUUUCUGCCUGAGAAGCUGUCGUGUCCCCACGGGUGGUUUCACGGCGGUUGCAAACUGUGAAAUCCCAUUUCGCGCAGUGUCUCAAACCCAUGAGCACAGACACUGAGGAGAGUGUGCUGACGGGCGUCCCCAGGUCCUGCGUGAGGGAGGGGCUGCCCACGCCGGAGCCUUCGGCGCCCCGAAGCCCUGCACGUCCUCCUUCCCCCUCCGCCCGGGGCUUCGGCGUCCCACCCCCACUCCCCACCACUUGAGCCCGGUCAGCCUUCCGCCUAGUACCCGUCAGGUUUGAAAUGACUUUUGUUUCUGCUACUUGAUGCUGGUUUUUCUCUCUUCCCUACGACGUCAGCUCCCAAGGGAAUGACAGGCCUCAUCCCCGUCGCUAGACACGCUGCACACGCAGCUGCUCCGUAAGCACAGGCAGCAGGAAGAGGGGCCGUGGGCGCCUCACUGCCAGCAGCUCACGCUGCCUCCCCUGCUCUGUUUCUUCCAGAAAUCAACUCCACGUCGGCCCGCGUCCUGCUCUUCCUGGUGGUUCCAGGCCACCUGAUCUUCUUCUCCAUCAUCUACCUGGUGGAAGGCCAGUCAGUCCCAAACGACAAAACCUUCGUGGGGCUCUACCUGCUGGCGGGCCUG